AUGUUCGACUAUUCGCCAAUGAAAUCGCCGUUCAAGAACGUCGAGUCGCUAAUUCCGUAUCCCGUGGCGCUCGCUUGGUCGGUAGUCUCGACGUUGCUCCUCCUAUGCUCGAUCAUGCUCGUUGCCGUUCAGCUUCCCCAACGAUGCGCGCAAUGCGACUGCGACUUAGCGCUAAGAAUCGCAGACGGCGGCAGAACGGGAGGGGGCGUCGCAGCUCAAUCGUGCUCUGACUGGAUAUCAACCAGCAGAGUCACUCCGGUUGUGCAAAGUGACGGAGGUGGCAGCUCGUCGCGGCAAAACAGUGUCGAGGAUGCGUGGGCGUUUACGAAGUGGACACCCCGCGUUUCUCCGUGUCUUGUAGCGGGGCUGCCUAUAGAAGAGCUAGACGCGCACCUGAACUUCCGCCGCGGAUGGACCCUGGGUUUCGUGGACGACGUGGAGGACAAGACGCAGAUCUUACCGUUCCUAAGAGCUAACAUGGAUCCCAGCUUGCACAGGAGGAAGCGGAGGGUGCUUAUAGACCUCGGAGCGAAUGAAUUUGAGACAAGUGUCACUUGGUUCCUUCGAAUGUAUCCCCUCGAUUUUACCGAGAUUCAUGCGGUGGAAGUGCAGACUGAUCUGUUCCAGAAGCCAUCUACACCUCCCCUUGAGGUACCAGCCUUUGAGAUCAACUCUCAAUCUCGCCUGCGUCCGUUCGGCAGGGGCCCUGCAGGCUUCCCUGCGUGGCUGAUGGACCGCGUCCACCCCUACAACUUCUUCAUCUCUUCGCAAGACAACCAAGAAGAGCUUGCCUACCCUCGCUCCCCUGUUCAUCUCCCCUCUCCACCCACCCCCCUGCCUCUUUUCCUUAUAAGGGGUGUAGAUAUGUCUCAAAGCUUUUUUUUUUGGGCUUACUCCUUUUCUUUCUUUCCCCCUCCCCCGAUUCCUCCCUACCCUACUCGUUUUCCACCUUUCUCCCUUCGCUUCCCCCUCCCUUUCCUCCUUCCUAACGCCCCUCGCCUCUCCCACCCCACCUAUUCCUCCCUGCUCCCUUUCCUCCUCUCCCCUUUCCCCGUUUUCCUUCCUCCUCCCUUUCAUACCCCCUUCGUAACUCCUCCCUUUCUUCCCCCUUUCCAAACUUCUCCCUUUCCUCCCCACUUCCUAAAUCCUCCCCUUCUGAACUCCUUCCUUUCCCCACCUUUUUCCCCUUGCACCCUCUUUUUCCCCCAAAAAUCCCCUCUUUCUUCCCAUCCCUUUCGCCUCCAACCGUCUUUUCCUCCCUCCGUUCGUUCUUCUUUACCCCUCCUUUCCCCCCUCCGCACUCACUUACACUGCAUUAUUCUCCACCCCGGUUGGCUACGUGCUACUACCUCCCCUCCCUCCCUUCCCUCCCCCGCUCAUCUCCCCUGUAUCAUCUUCUUCCAUGGCCCUCGAACUCCUCCCCCCUUUCCACCCCACCCCCACUCUCACCCCCAGAGCAUGGUGAACGUGACGCGGUGGCUGCUGGACGAGCUUCAGUUAACAGAAGAGGACACAGUUAUAAUCAAGAUGGACAUAGAGGGGACGGAGUGGGCCGUGCUGCACGAGUGGCUGGCCAUCCCUCACAUGCCCGCCAUUGUGGACGAGCUCUUUGUGGAGGUGCACUACCACCACCCCUCCAUGGAGGCCUUCACAUGGACGCCUGAGAAGUUCAACCGCACUCUUGAUGAGACCACACAGCUGUUGACUGACUUGAGAAGAGCCGGGUUUUAUGUUCACCCUUGGCCUUAG